GCAAGACCGAUAUAUCCGAUAAUGAUUGUGGUAGUUGUACGGUGCGAGCAGUCGGUUUGGUUGUAUAAAUGCGUGCAAGAGUUCUAGCAAUUUGGAGACAUGAAAGAACAGAAGUUCAGCGACAUUUUCUAAGUUAUAUCACCCAGAAGGAUACCUUUUAAUUAAGUCUAGUUAGAUUAAUAUUAACGAUUCAAGAAUGAAGACAAACGAAGUCUGGCCUUAUACUUCAUCCAAUUGAUUGUACAUAUAUAAAUACUUGUUUUGGUUUCGCAUAUCGACUCAUAUAAUUAUGGCAGUUUUGGGAGUACAACUAGGAAUCACAUUGAUAGUCGUCAGUAUUAUACAAAAAUUAAGUCCAUACUUUUCCUUCGCAAGAUGGACAUUAUGUUCUACGGGACUAACUCGUUACCUAUAUCCAACCGAUUCCGAAUUGAGGACACUUGCUGGUGUGCCAAAAGAGAAACCCAAAAAGGGAAAACACGCGGAAAAUGGGAGAAUCGGGGAUGUGUUUCAAGUACCACGAAGCUUAGAUGUUACUCUCCAAAGUACAAAACUUACGCCACUUGAUGUUGUACAUUUAAAAUUUUACCUGGAGUAUCAGUGGCUGCUGGAUUUUUCUGUUUAUGCUGUCAUAGUAUAUAUCUUAACCGAGAUCUACAGCUACUUUUAUCCUCUCAAAGACGAGAUCAAUCUCAGCAUGCUUUGGUGCACAAUGGCUCUGCUCUUUGCAUUUAAGGUUUUAAUUACACUUUGGAUGCAGUACUUCAAAGGUGACGAGAAUGUUGGCGAACGAUCUACAUGUAUCGUCAGUGGAUUUGCAUACUUGCUGGUAGCAAUGGCGAUAUUAAUCGUCGACGAGAAUAUUCUUGAGCUUGGAUUGGAAAGAGCAUAUGAGAGUUUCAAUCAUGGAGCAUCAAUAUUCUUGGACAAGCAAGGCCUUUCCUCUGCUGGUCCAGCGUCGAAAAUCGUAGUGAAAUUCUUCCUCGCUCUAUGGUGCGGCUUUCUUGGAUCGCUACUUACAUUUCCAGGAUUAAGAAUGUCGAAAAUGCACUGGGACACGUUGAAUUAUUAUAAAGACAAGAAAUGGUUGCUGCUACUAUUGAACGCCAGCUAUGCGUCUCCGAUGUUGCUGGUAUGCUUGUGGAUUAAACCGAUAAGCAGGGAUUAUCUAACAGUUCGGGUAUUCUCUGGCAUGAGCGAACCACUAAUGUCGACUACUGCCUUCGAAAGCUUCAGACUACUUGCGGUCGUCCUUGUCGCUGUGACGAAACUAGCCAUUAUGCCAAUUUACUUACAGUCCCAUCUGAAUUUAGCAUCGCAAAGGUUGGAGUACCAGAAAAAGGAGGCAGGGAGAAUAACAAACGUGGACCUGCAGAAGAAGAUUGCAGCCGUAUUUUACUACCUGUGUGUCGUAGCGCUACAAUUCGUGGCACCUAUUAUCGUUUGCCUGUGCUUCUCCCUCAUGUGCAAAACUCUUGGCGGUUACAAGUGGAGCGGAAUACUUGGAGGAAUUCCUUCAAUGUCAGAAUGCCCUGUUAAUUCAACCAUGACGAAAGAGUCACCGAUCGGAUCAACUGAUACAGACGAAGCAACUAUUGCACAAACCACCAAAGAGCUUCACCUUGCUCUGGAGUCAUUGAAACAGAUUUUUACCACCGAAGUGUUCAGAGGCUUGUUGGGGUUCGUAACAUGGUGGAGCUGUUUCACCCUAUUUGCAUCAACGGCUAUGGGCAUGGUGUAUCAGUCGUAUUUUUCGAACGUUUGAACAUCCCUUUCCGCAAAACGGAUCGAUAAUCUGUGCAGAGCGACUCGAUUUUACUCCCAGAAAAUCAACUCAUCGCGGCACAAGAUUACCGAUGAUGAUUCGAUUAAACCUAAGUUUCUCGGACUGUCUUAAAUUUUCCGAGUGCCAAGAAAAUCGGCAGAUCGAUAGCAAUAAAGUAUGUUUGCUAGAA